AUGACUGAUAAUAGAAGUCGAUUAUUUGUUCAAAAGUUACGUGAAUCGAUAUUAGAAAAAGUGACCGAUCUAUGUCAUCGAGUUGACGUAGAUGCAUUGAAAUAUCAAUUAUUAUGUUUGUCCAAUGAUGAAUAUCGACAAUUUUAUCGUGAUACAAGUGAAUCAAUAAGAUUGUUAAAACAAAUAUUAUUCGAAGCGAUUCAAGAUGGUAAUAUGACUGAUUAUUUUCCAAUUUAUUCAAAAUUUAUUGAGAUUUGUAAAUAUCGACAAGAAUUGACAAAAACUGAUUUUUAUGGUUCGUCGAGUAAAGAAUUAUUUAGUCUUCGAGGAAAAUUGUAUCAAUUAGAAAGUGAAAUGAAAUUAAGUACAGAAGCUGAAAGUGGC